GUCACACUGGCGGCAAAAAUGUCGUUGACUUCGCAAUUUGUGCAAAAUUUAAAACGCUUUCGCCUGGUGACAUUCGACGUAACGGACACCCUGCUCCGGCUGGAGGAGCCGAUGCGACACUACCAGCAAAAGGCGGCGGACUGCGGUGUCACUGGCGUGGACCGUGGCCAGUUGGAGCGCUGUUUCCGCCAGCAGUUCUCCGCGUUGAGUCGCGAGCAUCCGAACUUUGGGAGCCAGUCGCCGGAUUUGGACUGGCAGCAGUGGUGGAUGCAGUUGGUGUCGCGCACUUUUACCUGCGUAGAUGAUCGACUGACGCCGGAGCAGCUGGCAAAGAUUGGCCACUGCCUGAUUUCCCAUUUUCGAACAAACGCCUGUUGGACCCAUAUCGAGGGAGCCCGGGAGCUUGUCCAGCACGUUCGUGCGGCCGGCAAGUGUGUGGGCGUCAUCUCAAACUUUGAUCCAUCGCUGUCGCAGGUCCUGGCCGCCAUGGGUUAUGCCGGCAAGUUCGAUUUCGUGCUGACCUCCUACGAGGCGGGCGUUAUGAAGCCGGAUAGUCGCAUCUUCAACAAAGCCCUGCAGCGGAUGAGCAUCCCGGCCGAGCAAGCCCUGCACAUAGGCAACAAACUUGACAUGGACUAUGUAGGCGCACGCAACAGUGGCUGGAGUGGAUUAUUGGUGGACGAUGAAGAAAGGACAGACAGCGACAGCAGGCACACCUUUGCCAGUGUAUCCUUGCUGCUGCAAGCCCUGGACACCCAGGAGAUCCAGUGGUGACCACUCGUUUUCCUCGUUGACUCAACGCAUGGCUGUUUGUUGUUCUUCAACUAGAGCUCUUGGCUGUUCUUAUUAUUUAUUAAUUAUAGAUUUGUUAACAAAUAAGAAACAGAACAGAUGUGUAUCGUUAAUUGUUAAAAACUAAA